AUGUUGUCCCGUGCCAUUUCCCGCCGCUCCGUUCAAUCCUCCAUCUCUGCUGUCCGCUUCUACACUGAAGGUGCCACCGGUGCCCCCCGUGCUGCCGGUUCCUCUGACAGCUUCAACAAGAGAGAGAAGGCUGUUGAGGACUUGUACGUCCGCCAGCUUGAGAAGGAGAAGCUCGCUGCUUUGAGAGCUUCCCUCAAGAAGCAAAAGGAGAGCCUUGCCGAGGUCGAGAAGCACCUUGAUCAAAUCUCUGAGAAUAUUGAAACUGAAACGAAGUAA